AUGUUAAAGGAAUUAGAGAAAUAUCGUGUUCCAGAUAAUUUUACUGGAACACGUCUAAAAAUUGCUUGUACAUAAAUUAUUGAGAGUUGGGUAGCUUUAAAGCUUGCAUUUGAACAUUCAACCUAAACUAUUCAAGAGAAUCCUGAGAACAUCAGAAAGUUGUUGGCUUAUUAAUUAGCAGCUUACAUAUACAAUUGCGAAACUGAAAUAGAGGAUUUAGUAUAGUUUUUAUCAGUUUAUUUGGAAGACUACUUGUAAUUGAUAAUUUAGGAUAAUUCAGAUCGAUAUGUAAAAUAUUAUUUUAUGAUAGAUUGCGGAGAGAUUGUUAGAUGUAUUUAAUGAUUUGGAAUAAGAUAGAGAAGGAAAGUAUUUGCAAUUGCUUGAAGAUGUGAGGGUUUAUAAUGAACAGAAUUAAAAUGUUAAACAUGUGGCUAAUAUUUAAGAUUCAGAUAAUAGUGAUUCUGAAAAUGAAGAACCUCCUUAAUUAGUAUAAUAAUAGCAGCAGUAAUUGUAAGUUGAAGAGGAGGAAGAUGAUAUUGAUUCUGAUGGAUAUGAAACAGUCAAACCUAAAAGAAGGUACAAUAAGCGUAAUUGAUUAAUGUUGAC